AAUUUGUGUUUGCCAUUUCAAAGUGGUUUUCGUGAGGUCAUUUUUUUUCUACAUUCUUCUUCUUCUUCUUCUUCCAUUUUCAAAACAUGGGAAAACAGAGCAAUGAAACACAAGCCCCUGUUUCUGACCCAACAAAAUUCUCAAUCCUUAAUCUCAUCGACCUCUCCAAUCCCAACAUAAACCAAUCCGUUCAUCUACUCAAACAGGCAUGUUUGGAUUCUGGUUUUUUCUAUGUUGUAAACCAUGGAAUAAGCGAGGAAUUCAUGGACGAGGUUUUUGCACAAAGCAAGAGAUUUUUCUCUCUUCCUUUAAAGGAAAAGAUGAAGAUUUUGAGAAAUGAAAAACACAGAGGUUACACACCUGUUCUUGAUGAAACACUUGAUCCUCAACAUCAACUUCAUGUAGGGGAUUACAAAGAGGGUUUUUAUAUUGGAAUUGAAGUAGAUGAAGAUGACCCAGAAUCAAGUAAACCCUUUUAUGGGACUAAUAAAUGGCCUGAACCAGAUGUUCUUCCAGGAUGGAGGGAAACUAUGGAGAAGUUUCAUAGAGAGGCAUUAGAAGUUGGGAAAGCGGUUGGGAAGAUAAUAGCCCUUGCACUUGAUUUGGAUGUUGAUUUUUUCGAUAAACCUGAAAUGCUUGGAGAGCCGAUUGCAACUCUGCGUUUGCUGCACUAUGGAGGUCAAAUCUCGGAUCCCUCGAAAGGACUAUUCGGAGCAGGAGCUCAUACUGACUUUGGUUUAAUUACACUGCUAGCAACCGAUGAUGUCUCAGGUCUUCAAAUAUGCAAGGAUAGGGAUGCUAAACCUCAGAAAUGGGAGGAUGUGUCACCUUUGAAGGGGGCAUUUGUAGUGAAUCUCGGUGACAUGCUUGAGCGCUGGAGCAAUGGUGUUUUCAAGUCCACACUUCACCGAGUUCUAGGAAACGGUCAAGAGAGAUAUUCUAUUGCCUACUUUUUGGAGCCUAGUCAUGAUUGCUUAGUUGAAUGCUUGCCAACCUGCAAAUCCGAAACUAACCCUCCCAAAUUUCCUCCUAUCUUAUGUCGCGACUACCUGAGCCAGCGCUACAACGACACUCAUGCGGAUUUGAGUAUUUACAAGAAACAACAAUCUUAAGUAGAAAUAUUGAGUCUUUGGAGCUGAGCAGCAUAGAGAAUUUUAUUUCUAAGCCAUUGUCAAGUUGGUUAAGCUUUUUUAGUUGCAUGAUGUGUUAAGGAAUAACAGCAUCAUAUGUUUGUUGUGUUAGAUAGGUUUUUUUUAAAUUAUCAAAAUAUUUUUUUAGGGGGGAAAGAGGGUUACCUAUUUGGAUUAGUCCUUACUAAUAAACCUAAAAGAUGGUUAGAAGAACAACCUUCUUCAAAAGAAUUAAGAUACAAAAUUCAAAUAAUAAAAAUACGAUCUUUUAUAA